CCACCCCUCUCCCCACUCCACACGCUCUCGCACAUCCGCUCCCCCUCCCCCACACACUCGACGGCGCCGCGGAUCCGGUUGUACCUGGCGGUGAUGGCGGCGGCAGGCGGCGGAGGGGCGUUCGGUGGCGGGGCUGGCGGCGGGGCGUUCGGGGGAGGGGCGUUUGGCGGCGGGGCUGGUGUCGGAGGGGUCGGCGGUGGCGGUGCUGGUGGAGGGGCGUUCGGCGGCGCGGCUGGCGGCGGAGGGGCCGGCGGUGGCGGGGAUGAGCAGCCGUGGCUUCGUCUGCCUACGUACGCGCAGCUACUGCUCAGCUCCCUGCGGGCCACCUGCACGACCUUCGAGGAUCUGCGGGAGCGGGCUGGCACCCUUGCCAAGCUCGCGAACGACCUACAGACUGGUGUCAUUGCGGGCAACGUGGGGAUCCUCACGACAGCUGCGGUGAAGUUUGGGCACCGUAAGGUCGUUGAUAUUUUCCAUGAAAGGUUCUAUCCCAAGCGUGGAUCUCUGCAGUACGCUAGAGAUAUCACGCUAAGGCUGCAGAGCUCACGGCCCGAUUUUGAUGCUUGGAUACUGGCAUCCCUUGAUCGUGCUCAGUCAAGGCCUCUGUCAUCGUUCCUUCAGUAUGCUGGCAGGGAACUCAACAGGAUAAAGGGUCAUAUAAGGAACGCUGGGGUUAACACUAUAGUUGAGCUUCUUGAAUUACAUGCCCUCAACGAGAAUGCAGAGGAUUUCCUGCAAAGAGCCGCAGUACUGUAUGGCCCGACCAGGGAUGCUCUCAGCUAUGGUUUAGCAGAGCUUCGUCAGGCGGUUGCGGCUGUCACUGAUCUCGUCACUAGGUUCAACGAAGAGCCACCUGCCGUCCGUCAUCUUUUCAGCCCAUUUACCUCGGCAGGCCCACUGGUAGUCCAUAUUGAAAUAUCCAAAACAUCUUAUAAUUCGAAACGGAGGUAGUACAUCAGAAGCAAAAGCCUAUUCAUCAUCACUAGGGUAGCAGUCAUAUAGUUUCUCAACCUUCUUUGCACGCUCAAACACAGCCUUAUAAGGUGAAGCAGUAUGGAGCAUGGUGAAAGUAGAGUUCCAUCUAGUCUUGCAGUUAAGUACCAAUUGUUUUCCCAUUUUUACUUUCUGAAACUUAGCAAUUUCCUCAAAUUUCUCUACUCUUUUUGGGGUGGCUGUCCAAAAUGCUACACUCAUGAAUUUUUUAGCAGCUUUCAACACAUCCAAAGCAUUCUUCACUAUCAAAUUCAGAACAUGUGCACUACAUCGCAUGUGAAGCAUCAUACCUUUCAGCAUUAGUUCUCUUUCCCUAUCUUAUUCAGCAACAGAUCAACUGCUUUGUCAUUUGAGGUGCAGACGCGCAGUUAUCCAAAGUCACACAAGAAAGCUUCACAUCAAGAUUUCCAAGCAACCAAAGUCUCAUACAGUUCAUUUGCUAUAGCUUCUGCAAUAUGUGGAGCUGGCACAUAAAUGAACCUCAACACCAUACAAUAAACAUUGACAAGUUAUUAGACAACAACGUUCAUAUGUCCAACAUCGCAGCAUUGAUAAUCUUAAGACAGCAGCAUUGAUAAGUUUAGUACCACAUGAUAACACUCUUAAGGUUCCAAUUAUCAUCAAUAAAGUGGGCUGUGAUAGCUAUGUAGCCCUUCUUUUGAUGAUCAGCUGUCCACAUAUCAGUUGUGAUUGGUUAUGUUGUACAUUACUUAUUUUGAUAUGAUAAUUAAAUAUCAACCGCCUUUCACACAGAUUAUGGCUCUCCAAACAUUCAUUAUUUUAGUUUUAUUGUCAGAAUAUAGAUGUGAAUAUCCUCGUCUAUAUUUAGACUAUGUACAUGCAAAAGGAAUUUCUGAGAUAGAUAAUUGACAAGGAUCCACACAAACAUAUCUGUGUAUCACAUAUUCACACAAUCAAUCGAUAGACGGAGAUAGAGAUGGUGGUGGUCUCGGUUACAAGAGAGUAAUAGUAAUUUGCCAUCAUCGUAGUACCGUUGCAUGCAAUUGUAUACUUUAGAUAAAUUGAUUCAUGUAUGGAUAUUAGUUUUAGAAGGUUUAGAGCAGCUCCAGCCGCGCCCCCAACAGGCCCUCCCAAGGCGAUUUGUUUGCGCCGGCGCCCGAAAACAGGCCCAGUCGCGCCCCUAGGAGCCCGUUUUUCCACGGUUAGGCCCGAAAUUGGCGUCGGCGGACCAGGCCGGACCCGGCGCGCUGGGGGGCGCCCGGGGGCGCCGGGGCAAUCGUUUUUGGCGCGAAUGAACAGCGGGCCCGCCGAGUCAGCGACCCCUGCCUCGUCGUCCUCACAACGCCUUGGUUUCCCGUGGGGGAAUCAAUGCCAAGGCUGCCGCCGGUCAGCCUUCCAUUGAUUCCUCACGGGUCGGCGCAGUGCGGUAACACGCCCCCUCGCACCAUGCGUACACACAACGCCGCCGCCCCACCUCCCCCCCGCCGCUAUAUAAAGCAGCACCUCCUUCGCCGGAGGACGCACCCGCCCGCAGCCCCUCUCUCCCCCGUGCACAGCCGUCGCCGACGAACUCUGUCCUCUCUCUCUCCCCGUUCAAAGCCACUGCAGACGAUGGGCGAGAGGUUGCCCGACGAUGGGGCGGCGGCACCUCCUGUUCGACGCCAACAUCCCGACGCCUCCCGACAUGCGCGCGCCGGGGCGGUGGAGGCUCAGCGCCGGGGGCGUCCCCGUGCCCCCGCUGCCCGAUGACGCACCCCGACUACUUCAACGACGAGGUCCAGCGCGUGUGGGCGUCGCUGACGGAGGAUCAACUGGCCCUCCCGGAGUACGCCGCCGGCAACCAGGAGGCGUGGGCAGCGUACUUCGGACAACGCUCCUCUGGUGCGGGGCACCAAGAACAGCGACGGCCGCCGCCUGUGGUGGGGCGCCCCCGGCCGCACGCUCCAUGCCGUCCUCCAGCACCUCGAGGGCGGCAACGAGCCGCCGUUGAAGUACCCUGCCGUCCCGGUCCCCCGCCGGAGCGGCGACCAAUGGAUGCCGAGGAGGACCGGCUCCUCUUCCUCCUCCCGUUCCUUCCGCUCCUCGCACUCCUCUGGGUUGCCGGCGCUCUUCAGCGUCAAUGCCAGCCAGCGGAGACGCCGCUCGGCCAGCGCACCCGCAGCGCCGGCAUCGUCAUCAACGAGGGCGGGCGCACCUCCUCCUCGGCACCUCCCCGCCUUGUCAAGCCGAAGACGGAGCCGGGGCUCGCCGCCAUGAAGACGGAGCCAGGCCUCGCCGGUGUCAAGACGGAGCCGGGGCUCGACGACGCCGCGGCCAUGAAGUGGGCGCGAGAGGACUGGGCGUGGCUGGAGUUGGAGCGCCAGUGCCGCGCCUUGGAGGAGAUCGCCGCUCGGCGUCGGGGCCGCGACGAGGGAGGCGUCGUUGUUCUCGACGACAGCGACGAUGACGCGCUGCCGCCAGUCCGCCAUGGCGACCCCGGGCAGGGGUCCAGCAGUGGCAUCCGCGUGAAGGAGGAGAAGGACGACGACGACGGCGACGCCACCGUGUUCAGCGAGUUCUUUGGCCUGUAGUCGCCGCCUUGUUUUUUUUAGUAAAUUUUAAGUUUGCCAUGUAAAAACUGCUUUAAAGUUGCCGAAGUUUAUGUUGUGCUUGCUGAAUUUUAGCCAAGUUUCUUUUAAAAAAGUUAAAAUAAGCGUCUAGGGGCGACCCUGGGGGCGGCGGCUGGGACCCCGAUCGGCCCCAGGCCGAUUUUAUCGCCGGUUCGCCCCCAGGCGGCAAUUUUUCAAGCCGCCUGGGGGGCCGAACGGCUGGAGUUGCUCUUUGUAGUGUUGCUUGCAUUGUUUACUUCAGAUAAAGUAGCAUGUUCUGUGCUAUAAGUGGCCAAAGAUUGGGUUUUCAUGAUAUUUAUUUUUGUAAAAUUGAUA